AAGAGGAGGAGCUGAAGGGGGCGCGGCUUGCUGCCCGUCCCUCCCGGGCGCUGGGCCUCAUUCUCCGCCGGGCCCGGGGCUGGCGGCCGGCUGGGGGUCGCAGCGGCAGCGGCGGCGACGCUGGCGGGCCGCGCGUGGCGGGGCCUGGCUCCGGCUCUGAGUGUCAGGGGACAAGAUGGCGGCGGCGCUCCGGAGGCCGGUCUCCUCCUCCUCUUCUUCGCUCUCCUCCGCCCCACCGCUCGCCGCCUCCUCCUCGCUCGCUGCCUCCUCCUCCCGCUGCAGCAGCCCUAGCGACCGCCGAGGCGCCGGCCUGCUGUGCCGGAGCUCCGGAGGAGGAUAGACGGGGCAGCCGCGGGCUCCGGUGACCGAGGCAGAGCUGGGGCCGGGGCGGGGGCGACGGCGGCGGCGGCGGAGGCGCCGGGGAGGGAUGGGGUCGCAGACGUUGCAGAUCCUCCGGCAGGGGGUGUGGGCCGCGCUCAGCGGGGGCUGGUACUACGACCCGCACCAGGCCACCUUCGUGAACGCGCUGCACCUCUACCUGUGGCUUUUUCUGCUCGGCCUGCCCUUCACCCUCUACAUGGCCCUUCCUUCUUCCAUGAUUAUAGUUGCAGUUUAUUGUCCUGUGAUAGCCGCUGUUUUCAUUGUUCUGAAGAUGGUCAACUAUCGACUCCACAGAGCACUUGAUGCUGGAGAAGUUGUAGACAGGAACACAAAGGAGUUCACAGAUCAGCGAGCCAAAGCUGAGCAAGGCAACUGUUCAACUAGGAGAAAGGACAGCAAUGGACCGAGCGAUCCUGGUGGAGGGAUUGAAAUGUCUGAGUUCAUUCGAGAGGCCACGCCGCCAGUGGGGUGCAGUUCGAGAAAUUCUUAUGCUGGCCUGGAUCCAAGUAACCAGAUUGGAUCUGGCUCCUCUCGUCUUGGAACAGCAGCUACUAUUAAAGGAGAUACAGACACUGCUAAGACUUCUGACGAUAUCAGUUUAAGUCUGGGCCAGAGCUCUAGUCUUUGUAAGGAAGGAAGUGAAGAACAAGAUUUGGCAACUGAUCGGAAGCUCUUCCGUCUGGUCUCCAAUGAUUCCUUCAUCUCCAUUCAGCCUUCCUUAUCCUCCUGUGGACAGGACUUGCCAAGAGAUUGCAGCGACAAAGUGAGCCUGCCAAGUCACAGCCACCACCACCAUGUUGAUCAGUCUCUGUCCAGUGCCUGUGACACAGAAGUAGCUUCUCUCGUCCCUUUACAUUCACACUCGUAUAGGAAAGAUCACCGGCCACGAGGUGUGCCACGGACCUCUAGCUCUGCUGUGGCUUUUCCAGAUACUUCACUGAAUGACUUCCCUCUGUACCAGCAAAGACGUGGGCUAGAUCCAGUUAGUGAGUUAGAAUCUUCCAAACCUCAUUCUGGAUCCAAAGAAUCCUUGGUGGAAAAUUCUCGUUUAUCUGGGGAAUUUCAGCUUGUUGGUGAGCUGAAAAACAGUCGUUCUCAGCCACCUACCAAAAGUGGGAAGAGCAAACCUUUGAAAGCGGACAAAAGCAUGGACAGCUUGAGGAGCCUGAGCACGCGGAGCAGUGGGUCCACAGAGAGCUACUGCAGUGGGACGGACCGGGACACCAACAGUACCGUCAGCAGCUAUAAAAGUGAGCAGACCAGCUCAACGCACAUAGAGAGCAUCCUGUCGGAGCAUGAGGAGUCUCCCAAAGUAGGAAAGAAAAGUGGUAGGAAAAAAGAGUGCUGUGCCGACCCAGAGGACCAGAGUAGCUGUACCAGUGACAGAAGGACUAGUAGUGAAAAGACUGUCUUGGAAGUGAGUACAAAUAGUGGGGUUCAGGAGGCCAAGGAGUCUAAUACUUCUGAUGAUAUGCACAAUCAGAGAGGUCUCAGCACCUCUGCAUCUGAAGAAGCCAAUAAAAACCCCCAUGCAAAUGAGUUUACUUCGCUGGGGGACAAACCACUUGGGAAAGCUGCUGAAAGCAAAGAGGAGCAGAGUAAUAAGUCCGCUGUUUCAGUGGACUCAAAAGUUGGGAAAGAUGGUGGAAAGCAAAAGGAAGGAGAUGUACGACCUAAAUCCUCUAGCCUAAUCCACCGGACAGCCUCUGCCCAUAAGUCAGGCAGGAGACGGACAGGAAAAAAACGAGCCAGCAGUUUUGAUUCAAGUCGGCAUAGGGACUAUGUUUCCUUUCGAGGUGUUUCUGGUACCAAGCCCCACAGUGCUAUAUUCUGUCAUGACGAGGACUCCAGUGACCAAAGUGACUUGAGCAGAGCAUCCAGUGUUCAGUCUGCUCACCAGUUCAGCAGUGAUAGCUCUUCUAGCACCACCUCUCAUUCGUGCCAGUCUCCCGAGGGCAGGUACACUGCUCUGAAGACCAAACAUGUCCCUAAAGAAAAGGGCAGUGACUCUGAGCACACACACAAAGCUCAUUUGGGUCCUGAAGGAACUGGCAAAAAGCGGACGGCACGUCGGACUUCCAGCACAAAUAGUGCCAAGACCCGGGCCCGAGUGCUGAGCCUGGACAGUGGCACAGUGGCAUGUUUGAAUGACUCCACGAGACUCAUGGCACCUGAAAGCAUAAAACCCUUAACCACUUCAAAAUCAGACCUCGAGGCCAAAGAGGGAGAGGUGCUAGAUGAGCUGUCUUUGUUGGGACGGGCUUCCCAGUUAGAGACAGUCACUCGAUCUAGGAAUAGCUUGCCAAGCCAGGUUGCAUUUCCUGAAGGUGAAGAGCAAGAUGCAGUCAGUGGAGCAGCACAGGCCAGCGAGGAGACGGUGGCAUUUCGCCGUGAACGCAGCACUUUUAGGCGCCAGGCAGUGCGGCGCCGGCACAAUGCAGGGAGUAACCCUAUCCCUCCCACCUUGCUCAUCGGAUCGCCCCUAAGCCUUCAAGAUGGGCAGCAAGGCCAGCAGUCCACAGCCCAGGUCAAAGGCCAGUCCCGCCCCCCUUCCCAGGCUGCAGUGCUCAGUGCUAGUGCCUCCUUGCUGGUGAGAAAUGGGAGUGUCCACUUAGAAGCAUCACAUGACAAUGCAUCUGCUGUAGGCGGCAGCAGUUUGCACGAUGAACUUGGUAAGUUCUCUUCUACGCUUUAUGAGACUGGUGGUUGUGAUAUGUCACUUGUGAAUUUUGAACCAGCAGCAAGAAGAGCAUCCAAUAUCUGUGACACGGAUUCUCAUGUAUCCAGUUCUACCUCAGUUCGAUUUUAUCCACAUGAUGUGCUCUCUCUCCCACAGAUUCGGUUAAACAGACUAUUGACCAUCGAUACAGAUUUGUUGGAGCAACAGGACAUUGAUCUAAGCCCAGACCUGGCAGCUACUUAUGGCCCAACAGAAGAAGCUGCCCAAAAGGUUAAACACUACUAUCGUUUUUGGAUCCUGCCCCAGCUGUGGAUCAGCAUCAACUUUGACAGACUCACACUUUUGGCCCUGUUUGAUAGAAACCGUGAGAUCCUGGAAAAUGUGUUAGCUGUCAUCCUGGCUAUUCUAGUGGCAUUUUUGGGAUCUAUUCUUCUCAUACAAGGCUUCUUCAGAGAUAUCUGGGUCUUCCAGUUCUGCCUGGUGAUAGCCAGCUGUCAAUACUCACUGCUUAAGAGUGUUCAACCAGAUUCUUCUUCCCCCAGACAUGGUCAUAAUCGUAUCAUUGCCUACAGUAGACCAGUUUAUUUCUGUUUAUGCUGUGGUCUUAUUUGGCUCUUGGAUUAUGGAAGCAGAAACCUCACUACGACCAAGUUCAAAUUAUAUGGAGUCACUUUCACUAAUCCACUGGUGCUUGUAUCAGCCAGAGAUUUAGUUAUAGUGUUUACACUCUGUUUUCCAAUCGUAUUUUUCGUUGGUCUCCUGCCUCAGGUGAAUACAUUUGUCAUGUACCUUUGUGAACAAUUGGAUAUUCAUAUCUUUGGUGGUAAUGCCACCACGAGCCUGCUGGCAGCUCUCUACAGUUUUGUCUGCAGCGUAGUGGCAGUGGCCUUGCUGUAUGGGUUGUGUUAUGGCGCUUUGAAGGAUUCAUGGGAUGGCCAGCACAUUCCAGUACUUUUCUCCGUCUUUUGUGGCUUGUUAGUGGCAGUAUCCUAUCAUCUCAGCCGACAAAGCAGUGAUCCAUCUGUACUUUUCUCUUUGAUGCAAUCUAAGAUUUUUCCAAAAACAGAAGAGAAAAAUCCAGAAGACCCUCUGUCUGAAGUAAAAGAUCCACUGCCUGAAAAACUUAGAAAUUCUGUUAGUGAACGUUUGCAGUCUGAUCUAGUAGUGUGCAUUGUGAUCGGUGUGCUGUACUUUGCUGUUCACGUGAGCACAGUGUUCACAGUGCUGCAGCCUGCUCUCAAGUAUGUGUUGUAUGCACUGGUCGGCUUGGUCGGCUUUGUCACCCACUAUGUGCUGCCGCAAGUCAGGAAGCAGCUGCCGUGGCACUGUUUCUCCCACCCUCUGCUGAAGACGGCGGAGUAUAGUCAGUAUGAAGUUCGAAAUGCAGCCACUGUGAUGUGGUUCGAGAAACUUCAUGUGUGGCUUCUUUUUAUGGAGAAGAAUGUCAUCUACCCAUUGAUUGUGCUCAAUGAGCUUAGUAGCAGUGCAGAGACAAUUGCUAGUCCAAAAAAGCUGGAUACAGAAUUAGGCGCUUUAAUGAUCACCAUUGCUGGUCUGAAGUUGCUGCGAUCCUCUUUCAGCAGUCCUACAUAUCAGUAUGUCACAGUCGUCUUCACUGUGCUCUUUUUUAAAAUUGACUAUGAAGCAUUUUCAGAAACCAUGCUGUUGGAUCUCUUCUUCAUGUCCAUACUCUUCAACAAGCUUUGGGAACUCCUUUAUAAAUUGCAGUUUGUGUACACUUACAUUGCCCCAUGGCAAAUCACGUGGGGUUCUGCCUUCCACGCUUUCGCUCAGCCCUUUGCAGUGCCCCAUUCGGCCAUGUUGUUUGUUCAGGCCGCUGUGUCGGCCUUCUUUUCCGCCCCACUGAACCCCUUCCUGGGCAGUGCAAUAUUCAUCACGUCCUACGUGCGGCCCGUGAAGUUCUGGGAGAGAGACUACAACACAAAACGAGUGGAUCAUUCAAAUACCAGAUUGGCUUCCCAGCUUGAUAGAAAUCCAGGAUCAGACGACAACAAUCUGAAUUCCAUCUUCUAUGAACAUUUAACCAGAUCCCUACAACACAGUCUCUGUGGUGAUCUGCUCCUAGGACGGUGGGGAAACUACAGUACAGGGGACUGUUUCAUUCUCGCCUCUGACUACCUCAAUGCGUUAGUGCACCUUAUAGAGAUCGGCAAUGGGCUGGUCACUUUCCAGCUGCGGGGACUCGAAUUCAGAGGUACUUACUGCCAGCAGAGGGAAGUGGAGGCUAUAACUGAAGGUGUUGAAGAAGAUGAAGGGUUUUGCUGUUGUGAGCCUGGCCACGUUCCUCACGUGCUCUCCUUCAAUGCUGCGUUUGGCCAGCGCUGGCUCGCCUGGGAAGUCGUGGUCACCAAGUACGUUCUGGAGGGCUACAGCAUCACCGACAACAGUGCCGCCUCCAUGCUUCAAGUCUUUGAUCUUCGGAAAGUGCUCACCACUUACUACGUCAAGGGCAUCAUCUACUAUGUCACAACCUCUUCAAAGCUGGAGGAGUGGCUGGCUAAUGAGACAAUGCAGGAGGGACUGCGCUUGUGUGCAGAUCGAAAUUACGUGGAUGUGGACCCGACAUUUAACCCAAACAUCGACGAAGACUAUGACCACCGACUAGCAGGCAUAUCCAGAGAGAGUUUCUGUGUGAUUUACCUCAACUGGAUAGAGUACUGCUCUUCCCGAAGAGCAAAGCCGCUGGAUGUGGACAAAGAUUCUUCCCUGGUGACUCUGUGUUACGGGCUGUGUGUUCUGGGACGGAGAGCCCUGGGGACUGCGUCCCACCACAUGUCCAGUAACUUGGAGUCCUUCCUCUAUGGAUUGCAUGCCCUGUUCAAGGGCGACUUUCGUAUUUCUUCAAUUCGAGAUGAGUGGAUCUUUGCCGACAUGGAGUUACUAAGAAAAGUGGUAGUCCCUGGGGUCCGGAUGUCCAUUAAACUUCAUCAGGAUCAUUUCACUUCUCCAGAUGAGUACGAUGACCCUACUGUGCUCUAUGAAGCCAUUGUAUCUCAUGAAAAAAACCUCGUGAUCGCUCACGAAGGGGACCCCGCAUGGCGGAGCGCAGUGCUGGCCAACUCCCCCUCCUUGCUGGCCCUGCGGCACGUCAUGGAUGACGGCACCAACGAGUACAAGAUCAUCAUGCUCAACAGGCGCUACCUGAGCUUCAGGGUCAUUAAAGUGAAUAAGGAGUGCGUCCGCGGGCUUUGGGCCGGGCAACAGCAGGAGCUCGUGUUCCUGCGAAACCGUAACCCUGAGAGAGGCAGCAUCCAGAACGCAAAGCAAGCUCUGAGAAACAUGGUAAACUCGUCUUGUGAUCAGCCUAUCGGCUACCCGAUCUUCGUUUCGCCACUGACCACUUCUUACUCUGACAGCCACGAGCAGCUUAAAGAAAUUCUUGGGGGACCCAUCAGUUUGGGAAAUAUCAGAAACUUCAUAGUGUCAACCUGGCACAGGUUGCGGAAAGGUUGCGGAGCUGGAUGUAACAGCGGUGGCAAUAUUGAAGAUUCUGAUACUGGGGGUGGGACUUCUUGCACCAGUAACAAUGCAACAGUUGCCAGCGAUCCCCACAGCACCGUGUCCCCAGGAAGCACAGGCAACUCAGGCCAGGGGCCCGGAGCAGGACUGCACCCGCCCGUCACGUCUUACCCUCCAGCACUCGGCACCAGCCACAGCUCUCACUCUGUGCAGUCGAGCCUGGUCAGGCAGUCCCCGGCUCGGGCCUCAGUCGCCAGCCAGUCUUCCUACUGCUACGGCAGCCGGCACUCCUCCCUCCGGAUGUCCACCACGGGGUUCGUGCCCUGUCGGCGCUCUUCCACCAGUCAGAUAUCGCUCCGAAACCUGCCGUCCUCCAUCCAGUCCCGCCUGUCCAUGGUGAACCAGCUGGAGCCCUCCGGUCAGGGUGGCACGGCCUGCCUGCAGCACGGCCUGCCUUCCUCCAGCAGCUCCAGCCAAAGCAUCCCAGCCUGCAAACACCACACCCUCGUGGGCUUUCUUGGGACAGACGGGGGCCAGAGCAGUACCUCCGAUGCGCCACCAGGCAACACCUUAAGUCCUGCCAAUAAUUCACAUGCCAAAAAGGGGGAGGUGAUUUACAGAGUCCAAAUUGUGGAUCCCAGUCAAAUUCUGGACGGGAUCAACCUGUCCAAAAGAAAAGAGCUGCAGUGGCCCGAUGAGGGCGUCCGGUUGAAAGCCGGGAGAAACAGCUGGAAGGACUGGAGUCCGCAGGAGGGAAUGGAAGGCCACGUGAUUCACCGAUGGGUGCCUUGCAGCAGGGAUCCAGGCACUAGAUCCCACAUCGACAAGACAGUGCUCCUGGUCCAGAUUGAGGAUAAAUACGUGACUGUGAUUGAAACUGGGGUCCUAGAGCUUGGGGCUGAAGUGUGAGCCCAUGCUUUACAACUGCACUUCUUUCCCCUCUUGAUCCCAAGACACUGGAAAAAGAGAGGAGAGAGCAGAAGAUGCUUGCGGGUGUCCUUUCGAUCCUGCGAAGGGGAGACUUGAACGCAGAACGGGCCUGGUUACUCACCUCUCCUUUGCCCUUCGCCCUGGCUCCUGUCACUGUCUUCGUCCCCAAAUAAAGCUGAAAUAUUUUUUUUAAGUUA